AAUAGUAACCGAUUUCAAAGGACAUCUGAAGCAACAAUGUCGCUUACCAUUCUUCUCAGAAUCGGCACUUUACUCUUUCUCUCUGUGAAACUGUUAACAGAUGCUUCAUUUCCUCUGACAAUACAGGGAUUUACGGGCUCUAAUUUCUCGUACACUCAAACCGAGACCACGUUGGUUGCUGUUUUGAUGCUGCUCAUGGCCUUCACGGAUAUGGCACCUCUGCUAGAGUCCAAUGUGAAAUACUUCAAGUCCAUAAGCCGUACACGAUUGGUGUUCUUUGUCGCCAUCCACAUCGUUAGCUCGUCACGGAUCAUCCCGGGACUCAGUGGGGAUCUUAUCAGUUACUAUGCCAUAUUGGAGGAGGUUUUCAACGCUAGUAUCAUAACAGAAUUCAUAAGCACGUAGACUACAUGUAUAUGUGACCUUAUAUAUAAGGGAGAAAGGGUUUCAUAAUACGUUGACGAGUUUGCACAGUGAAUUGGGUCAAGAUAAUAGCGAGCUGAGCUUCUUCUCAGCACUUUGUACCAACGCCUUUGCGUCUUCCAAAUCAUGCGCAAUGAAGAAUUCGUCUCUUGACACG